CUCGGCUGUCAGAGCUGGAGACAACUACACUUUGUUUUGUAGAAAUGUGAAAGAUGAUGAGCAUAAAUGUAACCGUGCUAACUGGACCUUCAGUGGUUCAGGAAAAACGGUGAUGCUGUUUAAACUCGAGGAAUUAAACAAAGAAACUACACCAGACGGACCGAGUGUUACAGAGAAAUGUUCUCUGGUUAUAAAGAAUGUCACAGAGGAGGACGCUGGACGCUACAGCUGCAGGCAGUUCAGAUCAGGAGAUAAACCAGGUGGAGACACCGUUGAUCUGUCCGUUGUUACCACGACCGAAGAGCGGAACGAGGAUACGGUGACGUUCAACUGCUCCGUGUCGACACUUGACCAAUGCAUAUACUUCAACGUGAAGUGGCAGUACGAGGGGGAUAAGACUGAGUUCAAAGACAUGAAGACAUCCCCGAGUACCUGUUCUGCCACUGUGACAUUUACAACAUCUGGCUUUUAUCACACGUAUUACCAGUUGUUGAAAUGUGAAGUGACACACAAACUAACAGGAAGAGUGCAGCUGUUUCCCGUCAUCCAUCCUCCGCCCUGGACACUAGGCUGGUGGUGGCUGCUCAUCGCUGGGUUUGUGGGAUUAGUGGUAAUAAUCCCAGUGGCUGUCUUCAGAUGGAAGAUAGCUAAAGGGAACAAAACACAGACGGAUGACAACACGGCGGAUGCCGAAGAGGGGGUUUCCUACGUCACGGUCAGCUACAAGAAGACCAACAGCAGAGCCCAGGCUGAUCCUGAAGCUGGUGUUUCCUACGCCUCCGUCAGCUACUCCAGGAAGACCAACAGGAGAGCCCAGGGCCGCGGUGAGGAUGAUGAUGAUGAUGAUGAUGAUGUUGCAGUGACCUACAGCACCGUGAACGCCUCCUCCUUUUCUGCUGCAGCCUCCGCUCCUCCCAGAGACCGCGGCCCCACCUACGCCAGCAGGCCGAAGAAAUAAGAAGCGUGUGUGUUUUUAGAACAAUGAUACCGUACAUCGUAGAUUGAGAAAUGAAAGGUCAAAGCAAGCAGAGUUAUAAUAAUGUCAUGUUGUUCCUUUCAUUCUUGUUAUAAUAGUUUUGAGUUUCCACUCAGUUUUCAUUGUAGUUUUGUCUUUUUGAUUUCAGUUUAGUUAUUUUGUAGAGUAUGUUUGCUUGUUUUACUUUAGCUUCAGUUUUUCCGAAACUUUUGGUGUUCCUUAUAUAUUUGGUUUGUUGUUAUGGUCGGGCAUAAUGUCAGAAGU